AUGGCGGUCCUUCGAGAACUACUGCUCCAGCCUGAGCUGCCAGCUCUGUGGAACAAUGUAGCCUCUUCGUUGCUGAUGGUAUUGUUUUAUCGGGCCGUGACAGAGUUUGCUGGAUGGCUUCGAGUGCGCUUUGGAAUGGCGGCACAAUCUCGUCAGAUUCUUCAAAUGAGCCUCUCGGCCGCGGUUGUCUUUUGGCCGCUCUUCGAUACAUCAGAGUGGUCCUGGAGGCUCAAUGCCAUUCUUCCGUCGGCCUUGUUGGCGCGAAUACUCUACAAGGCCAAACUGAAUGAUCCGGAGGACAUGGAUGUGCAGAAUCUGUCCCGUUCCUCCUCUCCCUCGGAACUGCUCUUUGGGCCGCUGCAGCUGUGUUGUGUCAUGAUUUGGUUGGGUCUGUAUCAAUUCAUGACACAAGAAGCAGCUAUCCUGGCCGCGGCGAUUGGCGUGGGAGAUGGACUCGCUCCCAUGAUUGGAUCUCGGUAUGGUCGUCACUUUUACCACAUGCCUUUUUCUGGAAGAAAGACAAUGGAAGGAAGCAUCGUGGGAGUGUUUUUGGGCACCAGCAUCGCGUGCUACCUAUACGCCUACAUGAUGGGCAUUCCCAUCCCCCCGCUGCGCUAUGUGCUGGUGUAUGGCUUUGUGGCUGCUGUUGUGGAAGGAACCUCUCCGGGAAACUUUGACAAUAUGAGUACCGCCUUGGUGAUGCACUUUUCCUUGGAUAAGGUUCAUGAAUGGUUGCCUCCAUGA